CGAGCGGUAUUCCACCGUGUGUCUCACGUGUUCUUCAUCCAUCCAUCCGCGCCAGUGUCCAUCUUCCCGCAGCUCCAUGGCAGUGGAGUCCCCGCAUGUUGCUAUGAAAACAGCUGUCCGUUCUCUUGGGGGUUCCCUGCUCUGAGAAGCAGGCCACCAGAUCCGAUUCUCAGCUUCUUGAGGAACUAGAGAACGACUUUUACAGACACGCUAAGUAAGGGAAGAGUGCACAUUUGACGCUAUCGAUGCAUGUGCACAUGGAUGCUGUUGACAUAGGUGCAUGUUUAAAGAUGUACUUGUGGCAGUUAUAUAAAUAAUAUACUUUCUAUGACUGUUCCAAGGAUAAUGAUAGCUGACAUAAGCAUAGCGUUGUGCUUGGAAACAUCUUUAACUCAUUUGCGCCGCCUUACUGUGCAGGUUCUACCACCUUUAUACCAGUGUGGAAACCGAGGCAGACCGCACAGCUCCUCAGUGGCAGAGGAGAGAAUUAAAGUCGGGCAGUGCAGCCUUUCGAUCUCCUAGAUAUGCCCCUCUCUCGGGAAGUCCCUGAGUUUGCUCUAGGGUGGGAGAAGGGGAGAAGGAUCUCGAUUUCUUCAGACUCUUGAAUAUUCAGAACACCAUUAUUUCAUGACAUGCAUGAUCACCACAGUGAUAAGCUGAAAAUGUUCUUGAGAAUCAGACUUCAGGCAUCCCAGGGCCUUGCCAGGAGUUUAGAGUGCAGUGCCCAGCGUUGAGACGGGAGGUGAAUGGGUCUGUUGCAGUUAUGGCGUCCUGGAUUGUUUAAGGGAAAGAUGCAGGUGAUACUCGUUCCCGUAGAAAUAAAUUUCAGUCCAGAAACAGGCAGCUCUUAAAAGCACAGUGGCCGGUUCUGGCUUUGGCUUCUCUGGGACACUUUGCUCUAUGAGGGCUCCCUCUCGGAGGUCCCCUUCAUGCUCCCCUCCUCAUGAUGCCCCCAUGUCAGUCCCUCCAGGCUGCCAAGUAGUUCCUGCCCUGCCCUUUCUACUGGCCAUUCUGGGGCACCCUUAGCCUUGGGCCAGGGUAUGGGAUUUGCUCUUCUAGUUUUAGACUUCUUGCUAGCCCCCAAGAUCCUAGCAACUGCCUGUGCAGCCCUCACUGCUCCCCUGGGAGGGGCCGCCAGCUGCCCCUUCCCUCCCCUGGCUUCCCCAGUGCACAAAGCGGAUACCAGGCCCGCCACGGCCCUUGGGGCAGCAGCUCACACCUGUUCCUUCUGCUGAUUAAAAACAGGUGCACAGGGUGUCACUGGUAAUUGUCCUGUGUUGGGCACAGGUGUGCCAGGGAGGACACCCAGGAAUCACUGCUCAUAGCUUCAUUGUAAACACCUGUUGGCUGAGUGGGUCCUGACUGAACAGGUACGAAGGAAGGGCUCUGUCCCCACUUUGGUUGCCUGUUCCCCGUGGUCUGGUUUGCUGCGAACAUGCCCACCCAGCUGGAGAUGGCCAUGGACACCAUGAUUCGAAUCUUCCACCGCUACUCUUGCAAGGAAGGGGACAGAUUCAAGCUCAACAAAGGGGAACUGAAGCUGCUCCUGCAGCGCGAGCUCACGGAGUUCCUCUCGUGCCAAAAGGAUCCCCAGUUGGUUGAUAAGAUAAUGCAGGACCUGGACGCCAAUAAGGACAAUGAAGUGGAUUUUAAUGAAUUCGUGGUCAUGGUGGCAGCUCUGACAGUUGCUUGUAAUGAUUACUUUGUAGAACAAUUGAAGAAGAAAGGAAAAUAAAGAUAAGUAGUAAGCUAAAUGAAAGGGAGAAAUAUAUACAAAGUCACUUACUGUUCAUACCCUUCAGAUCUAUAGACACAUUAAUAUCACUCACACAUUUAACGUACAUCUAAGUAAUUGCUAUUGCUGGUAUUAUUAAAUUAUGUGCACCUUAAUAUAUUGACUUUACAUAAACAUUCCAAAUCUUAUAUGCCCUGUGAAAUUUACAUAUAUUAUUAAAGAUAUCAUAUGCAUUUAUUUAACAAAGAGAACAUCACAAAAAUUUGGCUAUUUUCAGAGGAGACUACAAUUUGGUGAACUUUUAAAUUAUUCUCAUCCUUAAAUUGUACUUUGAACUUUUUACCCUGUUAAAAAAAUAAACUGGAUCUCACCGUACUCUGUGAUUCUACUUCAAAUGGAAGAAGCUAUGUGGGUCUGUACGCAGAAAAGUGGAGGGAGAGGUGUUUUAUGGACUCGCUCAGGGCUGGGGCCUCAGGCUGGCAGAGCUGAAGCCAGCAGCCCUUGGGGCUGGGGUGUAAAUACCCUCCCUACCCCUAGGGCGGGGCCAUUCUGAAUGAGCUCUUCCUACACUUCCUAGUGCUUCCUCCCGGGGAAAGUCUCUGCGCAGUGAGGACCUCGCUGCCUUCCUCGGGUCACUACACCACCCCAACCUGUUUCCUGUACCUCUGCAAUAAAGGACUUGCUUGCAAA